AUGUCUAAACGUAAUCAAGUUCAAUUUUCACGACCUGAAGAUCCGAAGUUUUUAAAAUUGAUCAAAGAGCAAAUUGGCUAUAAAAACGAACCAAGCGUUGACACAAAGCGUCAAAAGUUGAAUCAAGAAUUUGAUGAUAGUUCUGACAGUGACGACGAACAGCCCCAAAUUGUGAUCGUGAAAAGUGGUGAUUUAAGUGCUGAACAAGUUGAAGCUGAAAAAAGGCGGAUUGAAAGUGAAAAUUUAAAGAAACCAGCCGACCUAUCGCAACGAGUCAUCUUUAAGGCGAAAACAUCAAAAGCCGAGAAAAGGUCUGCCACUGAAGAAGAGAACUCAGGUGCAGGGAAAAAAGAUAAAUCAAAGAAAAGCGUCAAAGCACCAUCGAAACUAUCGUUUGAUCUGGAAGACGAGAAUUACGAUAGCGGUGAGUAG